AUUUUUGCUUAACUUGCAGGGAACCGUUAGCGGGGGGGAAGUAAGGUGCCAGUACAGCGACGGAUCGCUCGGAAAUGUCGCGAAGUAUUGCCGCGAAGAGUCAGAAUGUUGACGUGCCUAAGGCAAAGCGCUUGAAACGUGAUGCUGAGGAAUUAGAGCGAUUAUACUCGCGAUUUCCAGUGGUGAAGCAGGAGGUUGUUUGCGGAGAAGCUGUCCAAGAAGAACACGUCGGCAAGGAGCGACGGCGUCGCAAGGGACCCUGUUUGAAAGCUCGACCAGUAUUGGUCUACAACCCUGUGAAAACGGAAUGCGGAUCAGAGGACCGAUCACGCGGGGUUUCGCAGUUCGUCGGUCCUGGUAGCAGUUCCUUAACCUUUCAGAAGCCAAAGAUAAACGUGCCGGUGAAGCAAGACUUGUCGAAAUGUAUCCUGACGGCUGCCAACCUGGGAUUGCUCUACCGACGCUCCGAGAAGAAGAACGGCAAUGAGGACAGGGGCAGGGCGAAGACGGCGUACGAGAUGUCACAGUCGUACGCAGCCUGCGCCGUGUUCAAGGCCCUGGCCAAGGACAAGGCCCAGAUCGAGUUUGCCCUCAACGAGCGCGUGAAGUUCGAUCUUCGGACACUGGUGCUGAUCCGAAAGAACACUUCGCAGAAGCAGUACGCCCCAGAGACGCCGUCGCAGACAGAAGUGCAGAGUCUGGAGCGACUGCCGUACGACCCAGACGUUCCCAGUGUGACGCCGCACUACUGCAUCGACGAGGAAAUGGAAGAGCACGCCAAAAAGAGGAAGAGCAGCAGGAGAAUCAUCAACAACAACAAUGGAGGCUGUGAGGGACGACUGCUGUGUCGCCUGGGCUGCGUGUGCGAGUCGCUCAACUAUAGCCGCAACGGGGCGGACGAAGCGGGCAGGAACGCCAAAGACAGCCGCCAGCCGAGUGUCCUGGACCUGCCGGCCAGAGUGCGCCACACUCGCAACGCCCGGUUCACGCUGCUCCACGGAGACGAGCAGCCGAAACGCGGUGGGAGCGGGGCUGCUGCUGGUCAGUUGGCGUCGAGUAGCAGUCAGAGCAGUAAUAGUAGUAGUAGCAGUAGUAGCAGCAGCAAGCCCAGGCCGAAGCGCAAGUGCAGGAAGCGACGGAACCGGAAGCCGCCCGCCUACCUCAGCGACUUCAUUCCGGACGAACGGGUGUCUGUGACGUCCUUGUCUGUGGCCUCUGCGACGUCGGCGGCGACUGCAGCAGGAGCAGCAACUGGAGGUGGGUCUACCAAGUUGCCAGGUGCGUCGUCUCGGUCCGUGGCUUCGCCGAGGAAGACCCCCAUCAAGGAGACCAACAGUCGGAAGCCCUGUGCGGCGGCUACCGUCACGCCCAAGGCCCGGGCUGCCAUCACGUUUGCCGAUUUAGACACGGACGCCAUGGAGUCAUCUGUUGUUGCGGUGGUGGAGAAGCGCGGUUUUGGAGGUGGUGUGGACGCGGAGUUGGAGAAGGAGCGGAAGGCCAGGACGACGGAGCCAGCGGCGGCGGUUACUGUCAAGACGAAGAAACCAUUACCGAUGCUGAAGCCGAUUGCGUCCGUGCCGCAGCCGCAACUCAACAACAUGCGUGACAUUGGACGGCAGCUGCUGGUGCAGAGUCUGGCCCUGAAUUCCAAGAACCCCGGUGCCAAGAUGAAGACUGCCAGUGGAGCGGGGGGACCCGGAAGUGCAGCCGUGCCAUGGACCCAAAUUGGCUCCAGCUACAUUUUGGAUCCCUCCAAGGACCUGCGAUGGUUGCGUCCCGGUGACCGGUUCAAGCAAAACCCUAGGAUCUCGAGCACCGUUGUGAGGAAUGGUCAGGACCCGAUGCUGCAUGCUGUGACCCCGGAUGCCACCAGGGUUGUUCUUCCGUCUGGCAUUUAUUGACGCGACGGAUAGCGUCUUUUUUAUCAUUCGGGAAGUGGGAGGUGGGCUCAUUUUUACGUCGUCGUCCCCCACAAGAGCUUUUUGUGUGUUUUCUUGUGAUUUGUGUCCAUUGGUGGGUUGAAAUUCCCCCGAUUGGGAUGAAGGAGAGAAAAAAAAUUUGGGAGAUAGAUUCUUGCUUGGAUUCCGAAAUCCGUUUGUGGAUGACCAAAAUAAUAUCUUAUUUUCAAUGUUGAACGAGGCAAAGAGUAUACGUUCAAGUCGAGGCACAACUGGACGUAUCGUGGCGAAAUUGACUAUAGAUAUCAUUUCGAUCGGGUUUUUUUUUUUUAUCUCCCGUCUUGGAAUCGCGGAAAUCAAUCGGCUGCCUUUCUUGUUUGUUUGUUUUUUCGCCCGGACGACUAUAUUGAAGUGAUUUCAAUAAAGUACUUGACGGGAGGAGAGAGAGCCUCUGCAUCGUACGUAUUAUGCGCUUACUGACAAGUAUGACGACGGUGGGGGCAUGCAAGUGUCAAGUUGACAUGACCAACCACGUUCCGCAAAUUUUUUUGUGUGCAGGGGAAUUCCUGAGAGGAAGUGUGUGGAUUUUUUUGUUUUUUUCUUUUUUUUUCGAGAAAUAAAUCGAAAGAAAUGCGUUGCUUGUGGUGCUUUGCGGAAAAAGGGCGUGUUGAAUUGUUCUUUUUUUACUGCAACUUUUCCAAGAUAGCUCUAAGUGUGGGCUUUAACUCGUAUUU